CCAACGGUCUCUCACAUUUUUUCCAUCACUUUCAUAACACAAUUUUGUUUGCAAUUUACGCGGUUUAAAUGAAUUAAUACUGCCGAUUCGAUUGACACCAUGUGGACAAGGACGCACUGCCUCUGGCGGAGUGUAAGCCGUCAAGCGAAUCAUCUUUUGAGCCGCCAUCUGUGUACAUCAAAUGUUUUGCCUGCUCGCAUAUUUGCCGAUCGGGAAAAUCAGUUUGCUCAUGGAAUAUUAAUGGAGUCCCUGAAGCCCUACCAGGUUCUCCGAUCAACGGACGGAGGAGAGCAUAAGGAACUGCCCUCCUCGGAGAGAUUCCUGCAACCUCAAAGCAACGCCAGCGCCGCGGACUUGUAUGCAGCCUUCCUAAGUCUUGUGCAGGACUGCUCGAGGUUGGGGCUUCAGGUUAGUGAUGUUCGGUAUGAUGCCUUUGCCCGCUGCUACUGCGAGCAACUGCAUCGACUGACCGAUGAGCAGCUGUUGGGAUCCCUGCAGGCUCUCGGCGAACUGCCCACACCGGAUUCAACCAAGACGCACAACUACAUGGAACUGUGGAACACGCUGGACAUCGAGUGCUGCCGCCGCAUUGAGGGCUGGUCCAGUGCCCAGCUGUUGCUGGUGAGCGAUGCCUGGUACCGCCUGGGUCUGGCCCGGAUCGGAGAGUACGUGUGGCUGGCAUUAAAAAAGUUGGGACGUAAAGUUCGUAAACUGCCUCCUGAGCAACUGGUCCAGGCCAUGUUCCUAUGCAACCUGCUGCGGCGCCCCGUCUUCGAGAUGUUCGACUUCGAACUGAACCUGGCGCGGUGUGUGGACCAAAUGACCCUGGGCGAACUGGGUGUGAUGGCCAUGGGCUUCUUCAAGACACAGACACCGAUCAGGAAUCCAGAAUUGCUUGCUCAGAUAUACCAGCGGUUGGGCAGUGAACUGGACACAGUGGAGGAUAUUCCCCUGGUAGCCCUGCUCAAGGUGCUGCGCUAUAGCAGCAAAUUGCCACAAGUGGAGCCCCUGAACAGAUUGCUGUGCGAGCUGGAGCACCAGGUGGAGCGUGUGUCGCUGCUCGCCUGCCUUCACAUGGCUUUGCUGGGCUGCGAUCUGCAGACCUGCAACGAUGUCCUGGUGGAACGCAUCCUCCUGAGAUUCGAGCGGGAGCUGGAAAGCGCUCGUCUGAAGGACGUAGAACGCAUAUGUCUGGUAAUGGCCCUGUUUAAUAUAAACAGUUCCUCGGGAGUGGAAACACGUUUAGCAAAACGGCUACCGGAUCUGCUUCGUCAGCGGUUAGACGAGAUCUUGCGUCAUCCGCGUUGCUUCACCAACUGCCUGCAGUUCCUCACCAUGCGUGGCAUUCACGACAUGGAGCUGUUGGGUGUGGCCCUGUCGCCGCGCUUCCUGCAACAUGCCUACCGAACCGGACUGCCGGGGCGAGAGUAUUUCCAUUUGGAUGCAUUCGCUCGACUCCUGGGUCCCGAGGUGUACCAGGGACCUUUGCUCAGUGAUCGACAGUUACAACAAAUGGGGCGCCUGUACACGCAAUAUAUACCCGAGCGGGAUGGACGCUUUCGGCUCAAUAGCACCGAUCGAAUUCUGUUGGAGAUUCGUGAAGCAGCCUCGCUGCUCCACCGCCACCUGAGCUUCAAGCAUGUCCUGCCGCACUAUGAGCGAUGUGAUCUGGUUCUCUGCUAUGACCAUCGUCAGCGCAAGGCUCUGCCACUCUCAGCGGAUGUUGGAGAGGAUUACAACGGUGUGAUACUCACCCGGCGGCAUUUGCUGGGCGAGAGCAAGGCCCAGGAUGAUCAAGUGGCCAGCAUUGUGAUUGUUAUUGCUGGCUGGAACAAUACGAUUCGGGCCAAGAACCGUUUCACAGGACAGAUGGACAUGAAGCUAAGGCAGCUCCGGCAACUGGGACAUCAGCCAGUGGUGAUCUAUUGGCAUGAAUGGCGGGAACUGGAAAACGCCACGGAUCGCCAGAACUUCCUUCGACGGCGCCUUAGCCAAGUGGCCAAGAUAUAGCAGGAAAAUGAGGAGCACAAGACAAGGACAAGAGACCAAAUGGCAUAAUUAAAACGGAAUGAAUGAAUAAUAGCAACAACAACUUGG